GCGGCGACCAAAACAUAGGAAAGGCGAAAGCUGUCUCAUCAUCAGGCAAGACUGUCUGAAAUCGCAAAGAGUCUUGAUUGGUUUGGACGAUUGCCUUUCGAUUUCAAAGCGCGCGCUCUCUCUCUCCCAAGAAAUUUCAUCAUUUCCGUCGAAUCCCUCCUUAAUCAAGCUAUCGAUUGACAGGGUCCGGUCGACAUUCCAUUCGGAGGAAACCCUUUCAAGGUCUCUCCCUCUCUGUGUGUGAGAAUUCGUGGGGAAAUGAGUUAUGCGGUGCCGAUUUAUUGUAUCUGCCAGGCGUAGGGAUUGAAUAAGCGUUGUUACAGGCGUCAACGACGAUCUUAGUGCGGAUUUCUUUUCGGAAUGCGGGGAAUUUCGUUUGGGAAGAUCUUACCGGUUCCUGGGUAUUUGUCUGUUCUUGCAAUGGGGGUGUAUCCUGACGAGUGUAUCGUCUUUUGUUAGUUUUAGUGGGAAAAAUGCAUUCAGUUCCACACAGGCACGAGUCUAAAUCGUACUGCUGCAUAAGAUAGUCCUCAUCGGCAUUUCAGACAUAAAGUGCCACGUGGAACCAUGAGCGAGAGUGAUAAUUCUUUUGAUGUUGAGGAACUCCUACAAAUCAGCACAAGAUGUAGAGAGCUUGGAAAAGAAAGGGAUAUGUUGAGAGAAUCACAAUUCCAAAGCUUUGAACUAAUCAAGAAACUAGAACAUCAUGUAAAUUCGUUGUCUGAUGCUCGUGCAAAAGAUGAGAAGUGCAUCCAACAGUUGGAAAAGGAACUGAUGAACUGCUCUCAAGAGAUUGACUAUCUGCAGGAUCAGAUAGGUAUGAGGACUGCUGAGGUCAACUUUCUUGAGGAGCAGGUGCACAUGCUUGAGUUGAAAUUAGAGUAUAUGGAAACCUUAGAAGAGAAGGUUAUCAUAUUGAGUGAAGAACUGAGGAGAUCUGAUUCAGUGCGGGAGUUCUUGGUACAGGAACUAGAGACAAAGGAAUUGGAACUUAAUAGAUCCAUUUUAUGCAUUGAGAAACUAGAGGAGUCUAUUUCUUCUGCAGGAUUGGAGUCACAGUGUGAGAUUGAGAGUAUGAAGCUUGAUUUAAUGGCCUUGGAGGAGAACUUUUUUGAAGCUAAGAAAGGUCAGGAUGAAGCAAUACAAGAAAAAGAUAGGAUAAGCAGGUUGAUGGAUGAGCUUGAGGUUCAAUUGAAGGACGCAAUGGGAGUUGUGGAUUGUUUAGAAAAGGAAAAUAAAGAACUGAGGGAGAAGCUUGAUUUAUCUGAAACAAAUAUGCAGGAGUUCUUUCAAAAGAUCGAAGAGUAUUUUGAAGAACUGCUGGAUGACAACGAAAGGUCAAAACUUCAUUUGUUCAAGGGAGAAAAUGGGUGUAACGUCACCUUUCAGAGGGACAUGGGGGAAACAUUUGUUCAACUGCUCUCCAAAAUAAAUGCUCCAGAUGCAGUGACAAAAGAAAAUAUGAAGAAGAUGUCUCUCCAGAUACAUGAAUAUGAACUUCUCGUGAGGCAGCUUAAGGAAGAAUUGAGGGAGGAAAAGUUGAAGGCAAAGGAAGAGGCAGAGGACAUGGCUCAAGAGAUGGCCGAACUAAGGUACCAAAUUACUGGUUUACUUGAAGAAGAACGGAAGCGCCGUGCUUGUAUCGAACAGGCAUCACUACAAAGGAUAGCUGAGUUAGAGGCACAGGUUCAAAAAGAACAGAGAAGAUCAUCUACUGCCAUGAGCAUCUCCACCAUCCGGUGAGCAGUAAAUAGAAGACUCUUAUCAGGAGUAUGGAAGCUAGUACCUUGACGAUAAUGGUUGAAAGAAAGGUAAUAUAUAACGCAGCCUCUGCAGAUCAUGAGCGUUCUCUGUGGAGAUGAAGAAAGCUCCAACCAGGAGGAACUUGCUGGUAGUCUUGUAAUCCCCGACUUUGUGAUCUGCAUCAUCGCCUAGUGAAUAGGACCAUCAUGAUUCUAGCAAAUCUAGAUGUCAGAUUUACAUAAUGCAGCGUCAAAGAGUUUGGGUUGAAUCAUGAUGGUCUUAAUCACCGGGUGAAUGGUGCGCAUGAGAGGUCAGGGUUUACCAUAAGGGAACCAACAGGUUCAGGUGUUGCAUUUCAUUUGCGUGCCUCUACAAGCGCCAUGUUUUCUCUACUCGUGCAAAAUGUUUAUAAGCCUUUGAGAUUGCCAUGAGUGGACAAUGCUUUGACUAGUCUUCAAUUCCAAGGUAUUCUUUUGGA